CCUUUAUCCACCUUUGUCAAGGUGGGGAGAACACGUCAAUGCAAGGGUGGGGUCAUUGGAUUACACAAGUGUUAUAAUAGAUGAAAAAUGAAUGAAGUGGGUGUCAAAUUAAGUUUUUCACUUUAAAUUUAGUCUUUGUUCGUAUAAAUUAAAAAUUAAACUUUUUUCCAUCUUUCUAAGGAAUAAAAGCUAUAAGUUGGAGUAUAAAAUGGACUUCUCAGACAGCUGAUGUUUAGUAACCUUUACCUUUUCUUUAAAAAUAUCUUGUAAAGUGUGAGCAUGCCAGUCUUUAUACCUUUCAAAACAUCUUCACUCUAACAUCAACUCAACAUAAGGGUCUAAGAAAUUUCUGAGAACAACCUCAAAUGGAUUUGUACUUGCUGUUAGAUUUUAAAGACUGUAAAACGUUUUAAAUGUUUGAUAUUUGAAAUGUAGAGUUCCUGGGAACCGUUUACUCACUUCAGCUGCAACCAAACCUAUAAAAAAAACAAAAAAAAAACACACGCACUAAUACUCAGAAAACCCCUAGCCACAAUGCAUCUGCACAAUGCAGCUUUCACUCACGCACUCAAGUGGUAAUUGAGAUAAAAAGUGGCCCUUCCCCUUUUAACCCUUUUUCCACUGGUGAGUUUUUUCAUGCUGGUUUGAGGUUUGCUGUUAGCUUGUCAUGAAACUUUCUGUUUUUUUAAACACAUAGGGGUUACAGCACAAUAAAAGGUUGUGAGAUCAGCAGGCAGAGCCAUCACUGACACCCCAUCAGACAAGCAAGCAGCUCAAAGAAUCAACCUUGACACAGAUGAUGAUGAUGAUGAUGAAAGCUUCUGUCGCCUUGGUGACCUUCUUCCUACUCCUCUCACCUGUCACCAUCCUGGCAUCUCAGAAUUCCUACCAGCCAGAUGUGUGCUGCUUUAAGUUCUUCCCGAAGAAGUUGCAUGCAAAUGUGGUGGAGAGCAUCAAACACACCAGCACACACUGUGCCAAGAAAGCUGUUCUUUUGACGCUGAAAAAUAAGCAAGAGUACUGUGCUGACCCGUCCAUGGAGUGGGUGAAGAAACUCAUUAAGAACUUCUUAUAAGGCGCCACUCCACUUUGAUCCAUCCUUCCUUAAUGACUGGGGUUAUAAGCUUUUAAGGAUAAGCAGAUAAGCAACAGCUUGACAUUUUAAGGGCUGCUUUUAUUUUACAGCUAAAGACAACGUUCAUCAAAUGUUGCCUGUGUUACAAAAUAUUCUCUGCUGCUUAGACACAGUCUACUUCAUCAUGAAUUUGCCAAGGCAUAAAAGUUCAUUAAACUUGCAAAUAUACAAAAAUAAAAAUGAUGUAUUUUCCUGUUA